AUGUUUGCGCCCACCAUUCUGGGAGCGCUUCUUUUGCCACUGGUUGGUGCGGUGUCUGUGUCUGUCAAUCGUACUACAAGUAGUAGCAGCCUCCAUACGUGGUGGCACAGCACCGGUGAGUAUAACACUCAGACCCCAGUGCUUGAUGGCAACGUCCGCCAGUCCGGCAACUACUCCGUCCAAGUGAGUACCUCAAGCAACACCAGCGAUCCAAGCAACUACUAUGAUUCUUUCGUCUACGAAAGUAUUCCUCGCAAUGGCAUGGGAAACAUCAUCAACCCGCUCGAACCCACAGUCUUGAGCACGAAUGAUGAUGGCAUUACCAUUGAAGCUGCUAUUGGUAUGACGAUGGCCUGGACGUCAUUCUUGUACAGUGAAGAUGUUUCCGUUAAAAUCUCUCGCCUGGAUGGCGGCAGCACCGCUGCAAGCAACGUCAUUAUCCAUCCUACCACUCUUGAUUACGCAAAGACCGAGGUCAACGGCGAUCUCUACAUCACGGUGCCUUACAACAGUCGGGGAGUACGAUUCUCGGUCGAGUUCACGGACAAUCUUUACGAAUUCCACAGCAAUUGCGCAAUUUCUUGCACUGUGGGCGGUCUCGUGCAGAACACCAAUCCCUCCGGUGAAUCGUAUUGGCAAGGACCUUUCGAUAGUGGAAACCCUGUCGUUGGCAUUGAGCCUCUCAACUCUCUAUUGAUCUUUGCCAGCCCUUUCCCAGCGCCCGAUAUGCUUCCCGAACAGACUUCGCCGACCUCUCUCGUGGUAGAACCUGGCCUGGUCACGGAUGUGCAUACGACGGACAAGACCACGGUGAUCUUUAACCCGGGGGUAUACUGGCUCUCCAGCGUUGCACAUUUGGCGCUGAGCAGUAGCGUCGAUUGGGUCUACUUCGCUCCAGGCGCAUACGUGAAAGGCGCCGUCUCUUUCAACACUACCGCCCCAACGAUGAAGGCCACCGGCCACGGCGUCCUCUCAGGGGAGCAGUACGUUUAUCAAGCCAACAUCGAAGCGGGCUACUGCAACGAACAAUCCAACCAAAACGGAUUGAGAAUGUGGAGCGGCGUGAGUUCCGACGACCAGCAGACCUUCAUCCUCAACGGCGUCACCAUCAACGCCCCGCCCUUCAAUUCCAUGGACUUCACCGGCAACCUCGCCACGCUCUCGACGCAGGUGUCAGACUACAAGCAAGUCGGCGCUUUCUUCGGGCAGACGGACGGGUUGGAGAACUACCCGGGGUCGACGGUCCGGGACGUGUUCUACCACUCCAACGACGACACGAUCAAGACCUACCACUCCGACGUCACCAUCGAACGCGUCACCGUCUGGAAGGGCCCCACGGCCCCGACGGUGCAGUUCGGCUGGGCGUGCCUCACCCUCGAGAACAUCCGCGUCGCCGACGUCGACAUCGUCCACUCGCGCUAUCCCUCCAACGGCAGCCAUCCGUCCCUCGUCGGCCUCAACCAGCUCUACUCCCAGCCCGACGAGACCGACCCCUACACCGCCAACGUGACCUUUGCCAACUUCCGCUCCGAAGGCAUCAGCGGCGGUCUCUUCCGCAUCUGCCCGCUCGAGACGUUCGACAGCUUCCUGAUGGAAAACUUCUGGAUCGAGGAGUUCUCGCCCGCCGUCACGGCCAUCGCACAGAGCGAGUUGCCGCAGUUCUUCGACGCGACGCGCAAGGACCCGGUCGGGGUUGGCGGUUUCGUCGUGAAGGAUUUCACGGUCUUCGCCAACAAGACGGCCGUGACGCAGGACGCAGGGAAUUGGGCUGUUGGGUCCCUUGGGAGUAUGAACAUUGCGCCUAUGUAUAUUUCGAGUGGGGGCGUGACCAUUGUGUAG